AUGUCUUCGACUAGCGUUGAAAAGGAAACAGGGAUGUUAGAUGUCGGCACCCACUGUGAAUUUUGUAGGCAGCUAGAUUUUCUACCGUUUCAUUGCUCAUUCUGUAACAAGGACUUCUGUUCGAGCCACAGGACCAAGGAAUCACAUUACUGUCCCUCUUUAGAGACGAUUAAAAAGGAUCAGCUCAUUGAAAAUGGAACUGUUCAUAGUGGCAAUAAUAAUGAGAAAUAUUUCAAGAGUUUACUUCCUGAAAAGGCACACGAAAGGAUAAAACAAUCUAAACAGCAACAGCAGAGUUCCAGAAUAACGAUAAAAUCUACGUUAAACGAAUCUUCAUUAAAUAAACUCAAAAAAUUCUUCCAAUCAAAGAGAUCAAAACCCAUCGUAAAAAGAUCGAGUAAUAGAGUGACUGAUCUAGUGAAACUACAGAAAGCAGCACAAGGAGAUUCUAAGAUUCCUGUACCAAACAGAGUAUACAUCUAUGCCAAAUCGAUUGACAAUAAUGAUUCUGAGUUUAAGCCUAUCUAUAUCAAUAAGAUAUGGCCAAUUGGGCGAUCAUUAGACUACAUAGCGAAACAAUUAUCAGUGGUGAAUAAUAAUGCAAAUUCAAACACUGAUCGAAACGAAAAAUUAUUCAUUUAUAAACUUAAAGAUGAUCAAAAUUUAAUUCAACUAAAUACGGGUGAUAGGGUUUCUUCGACGGUGAGUAAUUUGGACUACAUUUACUUGAUUCGUGGAAACGAAAUUUGA